UCUCUCGUUUACCUUCUCUCUCUAAAUCUCCUCUCUUUCUCUCUCCUCAAUAUACACGAUUUAUCCUCUUUCUAGUGAGAUCUGUCUCCUCCAUUGCAUAUACAUUUGUCUAAACGUAUGCCUCUCUCCGUUUCCUGAUACCUUUAAAAGCCCACUUCACCCACCUCAUUCACUCACAUACCAAUUCUCAAUCACUCUCUUUGAUGAGAAUCACAAGCCCCUCUUCUUCUUCUUCUUCCACCCUGCAUGAAACCAUUCAAUUGAAACUCGAGUUCAUCUAACCUUUUCCACCCCCACAGUUCUCUCUUUCUCUCUCUUUCUCUUUCUCCAUAUAUAUACAUAUAUAGCUAUCGUUCUUUUUUUCUCUCUCUUCCUUCAAUGGUACCACCAGAAGGCAUGCCACCAACACCGAACGAGCAUGAGGUCACUGAGGGCCGCAAAACGACGAGGCCGCCACCGGAGCAAGGUGUGAAGUGCCCGAGAUGUGACUCACCAAACACCAAGUUCUGCUACUACAACAACUACAGCCUCACUCAGCCCAGGCACUUCUGCAAGACCUGCAGAAGGUACUGGACCAACGGGGGUGCCUUGCGCAACGUCCCAAUAGGAGGGGGUUGCAGGAAGAACAAAAAGGUGAAACCUUCUUCCUCCGCUUCACCCUCCUCCAGACUCUCCUGUGACCCCAAAGACUUCAAUUUUCAUGGUCUCACAGUUCCACCUUCCGUUGACUUCAACCUGGGAGGGAUACCCUUUCCCCCCAGGCUCACUGCUUUCAACACUCAAAACCUCCCAACACCCCCCACUGGGGUCUUCAACCAGUUCUCUUCUUUUGGGGACGUGGCAUCGUCUUCCACCACUUCCCUUUCUGCUUUGUCUGCCUUCCAGCUUGACCCCCCUGCUGCUGCUGCUGCUGCUGUUUCAAACCCUCUCUUGGGUCUUGUUCCGCCCAACCCUGACCUCUGGGCUCUACGUAGGUCAGAGAGGGCCUCACUCUCUGAUCCUUUGAACAGUGCAAUGCAAACCCUGCAGACCAUGGAAGCCAUGAACGUUCACGGCAGCCUUGCCUCUUCAAUUGAGUCGCUCAGCAACAUCAACCAGGACUUGCACCUGAAGCUGCAGCAGCAGCGCAUGGCGACAAUGAUGUUCGGUGGGGACAGCCAGAAAGGUGAGAGCAGCGUUGCGCUGAAUGGGUUUGGGAAUCAGAAGCUGCUACAACCGGUUUCGUUUCAGAACCUUGCGAUUUCGAAGCCAGAGAACUUGCCAGCUGGCAGUUCCAUAAAUGGUGGUCCAAGUGGGGAGACAGUUACUGCAGCACCCACUGAAUGGUUCUUUGGGAAUUCCUUUCCCUCAGUGUCUCCUUCAACCAGCAAUGGUGGUGCCAAUGUUAACCACAUUAGCAACGAUGCAAACAACAACAACAACAACUGGACCGGUGCCCUUGCCUGGGGUGAUUUGCCGCACCAACCAUACACCGCUUUGCCCUAGAUUUCACUAAGGAGGACUUAUAGAGUUGGAGGUAGAGCUGCGUUUUUUCAAUCUUGCAAGGAGAAGGAAGAAGCUAUAAUUAGUAGAUAGGACAAAUCUAUAAUUGUCUAAAAUCCCUUAGUUGCAUCUUUUAAUUGCUUAAUUAGGUAGUUUUCUUCUUUGUGUUUCCUUCAAAUCAUCAUAUCAUAUCGUAUAUCAUAUAUGUAACAGAAAGCAUAGUUAAAUUUCAGAACUGUAAGAACAUAACUAUGUGUUCAUAUAUACUCAUAUCAAUUGAAAUAGUUGUUGUUCAA